AUGGAUCUUUCUGAUAAACUUAGGCAACUUUACGAUAAAGAUGCACUUCUUGAUGACAAGGUUACUGCCAAUGAAGAUACUCUCAACGAUCUCGAAGAUAAACUUAAAGAACUUAAAGAUCAGAUAAGAAAUAAUGAGGUUGCCAAAGUCACACAAGGUGCACAAGAUCUCCAAGGUGUUAACGAUGCUCUUAUAGCUCUCAACAACCUCAUAAAUACUAAAGCGGAUGAUGAUGUUCUUAAGGCCCUUGUUGUAAGACUUGACAAUAAGGACAAUAAGCAAGAAGAAGACAUUAAAGCAAUUAUGGACCACAUCAAAGAUACAGAACAAAAGAAGCAAGAAGAUGAACAGCGUGCUGCAAAGAACAAAGCACUUGUUCAGUCACUUAAUGACAGAUUUGAUGACAUUGAUAACAAGAUCAAGGCUGGCGAUGAUAAGAAUAUGAAUGACAUAGAAGAUCUAAAGAACUUACUCAAGGCCAUCCAAGAUCAGAUUAAUAACAAUGACAACAAAGAUAACAAACAAGAUGAAGAAAUUGAAAAUAUCAAACAACAGGUUAAUGAACUGAAGAACAGAGACGAUGCUCAGUAUGACAGAGACAGUAAACUCGAUGAUGCAGUCAAACAGUUAGCCGACAGAGUCCAAGAUCUUGCAGACAAAUUCAAUGACACACAAGAGGCUAAGUUGUCAGAGGCACCACAAGAUCUUGACAGAAUCAAUGAGAAGUUGAAUGCCAUCUUAGUCAUUCUCAAGAGCAAAGUCGACAAGGAAACAAUCAUUCAAAUUGAACAGAGAAUUAUUCAAUUAGAAACACUUUAUAGAGAACAGAAUACACAAAUAAUAGUAAUGAACAAUACAUUCACAGAACAGAUACAAGUAAUUAUCAGCAGACUUGAAGUUUUGGAGCACAGAGUAAUCGAACAUAGAGAAACAGAAUACAUUGUUCUCCAACAGAACGUACAACUUCUGAUGCAGAAGGUUGACGAACUCGCUGAUAAGAACAAGGAAUUACAAUUGAAAUUAGAAGAGAAGGAACUUAACGAGGAAGAGGAAGAUGUAGUUGCAGUUACAAGAGAUGUACAAAUUGCUGAGGAGGAAGAGGCGCCAGAAUCAGCAAUAGUUGAGGCAAGCAAAUCAGACGAUGAAAAUGAAGAGGAAGAUGAAGAAGAAGAGUUACUCAUUGAACACGAGUCAUUCGACCUCAGGAGGCUUAUUUUACGAGUCGAUGCACUCACAUUCGCAUUCAUCAUCCUAGCAAUUUCAUACUUAAUCAUCCUCGCUAGGUCUUAA